AUGAACACAUCUGACAUCGAAACAUCUGAUUACAAAACAUUUUUACUUAAUCGAAUCAAAUUUUCGCUAAUACUCUUUCUACAAAUUCCAGCGUUGGUUCUCUCUUUUGUCUUAUUUACCUUUCUUAAGAAGAAUCAUCAAGCUAAAAAGGCUCCACAAAAUUAUGCAUUACUAAUUCUACUCUCGGUAAAUUUUAUUCAACUAUCAUUCACUUUACCACUCAAUCUUAAUUUCUAUUAUCAUGACAAUGUUACUCCAGCUACACCAGCCUAUUGUACGGGAUGGGUUUAUCUUGAAUUCACAUUAUGUUCAAUAAGUGAAUACCUUAUGGCCACUAUAUCUGUUCAACGUCACAUGCUUGUUUUUAAUAGAUAUGUUCUACAAAUUCGUCGGAUGCGUAUUCUGCUUCAUCAUUUGCCACUUUAUUUGUCUAUUAUCUAUCCUAUGACAUUCUAUUUUUUCGCAGUAAUUAUGUAUCCAUGUGACGGUACUCAAUGGGAUUACACUAGCAAUAUCUGUGGUCCAGCUGUUUGUUAUCUUGUGUAUGAUAAAGUUUUAGGCACACUUGAUUGGUCAAUCAAUAAUGGUUUGCCUAUGGUGAUCAUUGGAUUAGCUAAUAUUGUGCUAAUUGUGAGAGUAGUUAAACAAAAACGUGAACAACAACGACGAUUGUCAUGGAAAAAACAGCGACGUUUGACAUUACAAUUAUUCUGUAUUUCAAGUCUUUAUUUAGUCGCCUGGGCACCAUGUCUUAUUGUAGCACUUGUACAAAUACUUGGCUAUCCAACCUUUCUUGCACAAAUUCAAAUCGACUAUUUACUCUUUCUUAUCUCUUUCAUAAUUCUUUUUCUUCCUUGGAUAUAUCUCGGUUUAUUACCUGGUCUAUUUGUAUGGAUCAAGACAUUAUGUCGUCAUGGACCACCACAGAAUACUAUAGGAACUAUAGCACAAACUCAAUUGAUAACAAGAACACGAGUCGGUAUAAUACAUUAG